CUCAUCAGCAUGUGCUUCUAUUCAUUUAUGCAUGCUUAGGACGUGGCGCGAAGCCAGCCAACGGCUUUGUUGCAACCCCGACGAUUCAGCUUUCUUUUCCGGGCGCACACCGUUCGCAAUGCCAAACGACCAAAGCGUUAUUGUUUCCAUUGCAGUAGCAAUUAUUUGACCUGCAUUUGGCCUUGUCAAACUUCAACCGGACCCGGGCCAAGCGCCUCGCUCUAGCGGCAUGCAUGACUCCUGAUACCAAUAUUUUAUAGCUGAGGAAUGAGCAAAUUACCGCUGACUCGGGUCCUCGCCGUGUUUGGCUCUGGUACCGAUGGUCGCCUCGGCCUUGGGUUCCCGAUUACGAGCCAGCUUUAUCCGCGCAUCGUUGCCAGCCUGGCCGGCUACUCCAUAAAGCAGGUGUCAUGCGGCGGUGCGCAUACCGCUGUCGUCACUGACGACGGCUCGCUGUUCACGUUCGGGUUGAACGACUGGGGGCAGCUGGGACACAGCCGGGAGGACAAGUUCGUGGCGGCGCCCAUCGAGGUGACGCUGCCGGACCCGGUCAAGGCGGUGGCGGCGGGCGGCUUCCACACACUGGCGCUCACCACCGCGGGCGAGCUGUGGGCGUGGGGCAUGUCGGGCGAGGGCCAGCUGGGCAUUGGGCAGCCCACGGAGGGGCGGCAGCUGGAGCCGCGGAUGGUCAGGAGCAUGACGGGCUCUGGCCUGGUGGCUGUGGCGGCGGGUGACCACCACUCGGCGGCGCUGACGGCGGACGGGCAGGUGUACACGUGGGGGCGGGGCGACCACGGAGCGCUGGGGCACGGCAGUGUCCAGGGCCACGUGCCUGUGGAGCUGGUGCCCAAGCGGGUGCGCGGCCUGGCGGGGGUGCGGGUGGCGGCGCUGACGGCGGCGCCCUACGCCACCGGCGCGGUGGACGGCGAGGGGCAGGCGUUCGCGUGGGGGCACGGCACCGGCUGGCAGCUGGGCACGGGGCGCAACACCAGCGAGCUCACGCCGGUCAAGUUGGACCUGCUGCCGGGCGGCGUGACCAGCCUGGCGCUGGGGCAGCUGCACUCGCUGGCGGUGGUGGGCGACGGCCGCGCGGUGGUGUUCGGCAGCGACGAGACCGGCUCGCUGGGCGGCGGCACGGACACGCUGCGCAGCCGAGUGGCCAGGCGGCCUCAGCCGGUGCCGGGUCUGCCGCUGGUGUCCCAGGCGGCGGUGGGGUGGAAGCACAGCCUGGCGGUGGGGCGCGACGGGCGGCUGUUCAGCUGGGGGUGGAGCGGGGCCAUGGGGCAGGGCACGUUCACGGACUACGGAGGAGGCCAGCUGGGUCAUGGUGACGACCAGGACCGCUGGGCGCCCGAGCCCGUGCUGCGCCUGCACACCAGCCGCCACCGCUACUUGGACCUGCGGGCGCCGCACGUCAAGUCGCGGCCCUGGCGCGUGCUGGCGGCGGCGGCGGGGCGCAACCACAGCGCCGCGGUGGUGGAGUUGCCGCUUGACGUGCGCGACCUGGCGGACUAGCCGGGGAGGAGGGUGGGGAGUAGGGUAAAUCACAUCCCAACUCACCCAGAGUCCAAGACCCAGAACCAGAGCGCGGAGGUUUAGGGAGGCAGGUGGGGGCGGGUGUCAGGGAGGCGGGGCGUUAGAGGCCCGGGCGGGCCGGGAGCGAGCUGGGAGGUGAAGCGGCGGCGGUUCGGGGGCCGUGGCUGUUGCGCGCGCGCACGGCCGGGAGGGGCUGGGUGGUGGCGGCGCAGUGCAUGUCGGCUGCUGGAAACCCCACAUGCGCGGUGGCUGCGGGCUGACAGCGUGGGGGCCACUGACUGGCUAGGCGGACGUUGCGGAGGUGUGUGGCUUGGGGGUCGUGGGGGAGUCCAAAGGUCACUGCGGCUGUGUGUUGCGGGGGAUGGUUGGUGCCUCAGCCUUCGGGAAGCGCCGUCCUGCAUGGAUGCCACGCGCGCCCGGAUUCAUGUGGAGGAGAUAACGCCGUCUGUUGGGGCCGGCGGAGGUGGCCCGUCCUAGGAAUGCACACAGCAACGCGUGGCCGCAACGCUUUAACUGGCGGAAUCUGGAAUAUGCGGUUUCACAACUUCGGCAGGCCCUUCGCGCCAGCUACGUGUAAAACCCCAAGUGC